GGGAGCAGCAUUAGCUGCAGGGCGAAGGGAGAGCGAGAGUUGCCCGCCCCUUGGAGCAGGAGGGCGGUGCAAGAACUCAGCAGCGCUGCAAGAGACGCUGCACGUCCUCUUAGACACGCUCACCGGCACUGCGCCCAGGCCGGGAAGGCUCGUUACUGCUUGCGGAGCCCUUUGCAGAAAGCGGAAGCACGUGACAAUUGGAAGAUGAAAAAUGGGGGGAAACCCAGCAGAGGAUUGUUAGGAGGUGACAGACGGAAAAAGAGAAACCAGAAGAGACUAAAACCUGGAGCAGAAGAGAAGAGCAGGAGUGGAUCACCAGCUUCUCAACACGUAAUGAAUCAAGAGAGAGAAAAGCCUGUGCCCUCCUUGUAAGAAAGGCUUGAGCCAUGAGCCAAGCCUUGGACCUCAGUGGGAAAUGCACACAGAGAAGAAACUAUGUGACAGCUUCAAGUGUGGAGAUGGCUCCAGCACAGGUGGAGCUCUUACUCAGCACCAUAGAACCUGCACUGGGGAGAAAACACAUAAAUGCACUGUGUGUGGAAAGAGCUUCAGGCAACGUGGAUAUCUUAUAUUACACCAAAGAAGCCACACUGGGGAGAAACCAUAUGAAUGCUUGGAGUGUGGAAAGAAGUUCAGCUUGAGUGGACAUCUUAAACGACAUCAUAGAACCCACACUGGGGAGAAACCAUAUGAAUGCUUGGAGUGUGGGAAGAGAUUCAGCCAUAGUGGAGAUCUUACAUUACACCAUAGAAGCCACACUGGGGAGAAACCACACAAAUGUCUGGAGUGUGGAAAGAGCUUUAGCAGUAGUAGGCAACUUACAUUACACCAUAGAACCCACACUGGGGAGAAACCAUAUGAAUGCUUGGAGUGUGGGAAGAGCUUCAGCCAGAGUGGACAUCUUACAUUACACCAUAGGAGCCACACUGGGGAGAAACCAUAUGAAUGCUUGGAGUGUGGGAAGCGCUUCAUCAGUAGUGGACAACUUACUAUACACCAUAGAACCCACACUGGGGAGAAACCUUAUGAAUGCUUGGAGUGUGGGAAGCGCUUCAUCAGUAGCGGACAACUUACUGUACACCAUAGAACCCACACUGGAGAGAAACCACACAAAUGUCUGGAGUGUGGAAAGAGCUUCAGCAGUAGUAGACAACUUACAUUACACCACAGAACCCACACUGGGGAGAAACCAUAUGAAUGCUUGGAAUGUGGAAAGAAGUUCAGCCAGAGUGGACAUCUUACAUUACACUAUAGAAGCCACACUGGGGAGAAACCACACGAAUGUCUGGAGUGUGGAAAGAGCUUCAGCAGUAGUCAACAACUUACUGUACACUAUAGGAGCCACACUGGGGAGAAACCAUAUGAAUGCUUGGAAUGUGGGAAGUGCUUCAGCAGUAGUGGACAACUUACUGUACACCAUAGAACCCACACUGGGGAGAAACCACAUGAAUGCUUUGAGUGUGGGAAGAGCUUCAGCAGUAGUAGGGAACUUACUGUACACCAUAGAAGCCACACUGGGGAGAAACCAUAUGAAUGCUUGGAGUGUGGAAAGAGGUUCAAACAGAGUGGACAUCUUACAUUACACCGUAGAACCCACACUGGGGAGAAACCAUAUGAAUGCUUGGAAUGUGGAAAGAAGUUCAGCCGGAGCGAAUAUCUUACAUUACACCAUAGAAGCCACACUGGGGAGAAACCAUAUGAAUGCUUUGAGUGUGGGAAGAGGUUCAGCCAGAGUGGACAUCUUACAUUACACCAUAGAAGUCACACUGGGGAGAAACCAUAUGAAUGCUUGGAGUGUGGAAAAAAGUUCAUCCGGUCCGCAAAUCUCUCUCUUCAUGAUCGAACCCACACUGGGGAGAAACCAUAUGAAUGUUUGGAGUGUGGAAAGACCUUCAGUCAGAGUGGAAAUCUUAAAAAACAUCAUAGAACCCACACUGGGGAGAAAGCAUAUGAAUGCUUAGUAUGUGGAAAGUGUUUCAAAACAAAAGAAAAGCUUUCUGUACACCACAGAACCCACACUGGUGAGAAACCAUAUGAAUGCUUGCAGUGCGGGAAGAGCUUCAGCAUGAGUGGGGCUCUUACUGUACACCAUAGAAGCCACACUGGGGAGAAACCAUAUGAAUGCUUGGAGUGUGGGAAGAGCUUCAGCCAGAGUGGAAAUCUUAUAUUACACCAUAGAAUCCACACUGGGGAGAAACCACAUAAAUGUUUGCAGUGUGGAAAAAGCUUCAGCAGUAGUAGACAUCUUACAUUACACCAUAGAAGCCACACUGGGGAGAAACCAUAUGAGUGCUUGGAGUGUGGAAAGAGCUUCAGCCAGAGUGGACAUCUUAAACAACAUCAUAGAACCCACACUGGGGAGAAACCAUAUGAAUGCUUGGAGUGUGGAAAGAGCUUCAGCACAAGGGGAGAUCUUAAAAAUCAUCAUAGAACCCACACUGGGGAGAAACCACAUAAAUGUUUGCAGUGUGGAAAGAGCUUCAGCAGGAGUGGACUUCUUACAUUACACCAUAGAAGCCACACUGGGGAUAAACCAUAUGAAUGCUUGGAGUGUGGAAAGAGCUUCAGCCAGAGUGGUGAUCUUAAAAAACAUCAUAGAACCCACACUGGAGAGAAACCAUAUAAAUGUUUGGAGUGUGGAAAGAGCUUCAGCUGGAGUGGAGAUCUUAAAAACCAUCACAGAACCCACACAGGGGAAAAACCAUAUGAAUGCUUGGAGUGUGGGAAGAGCUUCAGCCAGAGUGGACAUCUUGCAUUACACCAUAGAAGCCACACUGGGGAGAAACCAUAUGAAUGCUUGGAGUGUGGAAAGAGCUUUAGCACAAGGCAAGCUCUUUAUAUACACAACAGAACCCACACUGGGGAGAAACCAUAUGAAUGCUUGGAGUGUGGAAAGAGCUUCAGCCAGAGUGGAGAUCUUAAUAAACAUCAUAGGACCCACACAGUUGAGAAACUACCACAUAAAUGCUUGGAGUGCGGAAAGAGCUUUAGCAGGAAUGACAAUCUUAGUUUACACCUUAGAACACAUACUGGGUAGAAAUCACAUUUGGAAUUUGGACAGGCAAUCGGCAGGAGUGAAUUUCUUCCUAGGCAUCAUAGAAUCCACACUGUGGCAAGAUCUUCAGCCAGAAUGAGGAAGUUAUACAUUAUAGAAACCAUGCUUCCAUUAUGGAAAGAGCUUCAGAAGGAAGCGAUGCCUUAAUGAACAUGCACAAACUCAUACAUUGUAUAAAUGAUUGACAUGGAACUUCAGAUAAGCCUGGGAAUCUUCCUCAUUUGUGUGAAGUAUAAAAACUUGUGAGAUUUCUUUUGAUUCAAUUUGCUUUUUCCCUUGUUACUUUAGAAGCGUCUUGGGAACCAGGGUUGGCAGAUGUGUUUUUGUAUCCCUGUUAUGCAUAAAUCUGCAUAAUUGGUUCAAAUUAAUAAAUCAUUAUUACUGUU